AACAAGUGUAAAAAGCCAAACAGUCUACGUUAGCUUUCCCUGUCAUGACGUUAGCCUGAUGCUGAAUGUUUUUCAUCCCACUCGCAUCUCUCUCGGAGCUUGAGAGCAUCCAGACAUUUCUAGCUCAGUCUGCCGAGCACCUUCGCCACUCACGAUUGUCGGGAAGUGCUGACCCCCGCACAGUCCUGAGCCGAGCGGGCGGCGGAGCAGAUCGGAGGACUCGCGGGGUGGUUGUUCGGUCUGGCGCCGCCUCCCCCUGGGGCCGGCGUGCGCUCCCAGCAGCCCGUGGUGCCCUGCGCCCCGCCCUCGCCAUCACCGCCCGCCAGAGUCCAUGUACCAGCAGGAGGAGGUGCGGUUCGUCCGCCAGGAGCCAUGUGCCUCCCGCACACCAACAGCAUGGACAGCAAGCUACAGGGGGCGGGGCCAGGGAGUGGCACACCACUUCGAUCCCGAGGAGGAGGUGUUUCACUGGAGCCUUUUAUGCACCAGGUGGGAGGUCACACCAGCAUGAUGCGCUACGACGACCACACGGUGUGCAAGCCUCUGAUCAGCAGGGAGCAGCGCUUCUAUGAAUCCCUGCCUCCAGAGAUGAAGGAGUUCACCCCCGAGUACAAAGGCGUGGUGCUGGUGUGCUUCGAGGGCGACUCGGACGGCUACAUCAACUUGGUGGCCUACCCGUACGGCGAGAGCCACAACGCCGAGGCGGGGCCCGGCGAGCACGAGGAGCGCGAGCCGGCCGAGCGGGAGCAGCCGCGGCGGAAGCACUCCCGCCGGAGCCUCCGCCGCUCGUCCUCAUGCUCCGAGCACAGGGAGGAGCGCCACGACGUGGCGCACGACAGCGACUCUGCUGACAACAGCGGCGUGGCGGAGCUGAAGAGUCCGCGCUUGGAGCCCAAGAUCCACAUGGACCUGCCCUUUCAGAUGCUGGACUGGAACAGCGAGCUGAGCUCGGAGAAGAUCAGCCACAACCCCUGGAGCCUGCGCUGCCACAAACAGCAACUCAGCCGCAUGCGCUCCGACUCCAAGGACCGCAAGCUCUUCAAGUUCCUGUUGCUUGAAAACGUGGUCCACCAUUUCUCCUACCCGUGCAUCCUGGACCUGAAGAUGGGCACGCGGCAACAUGGCGACGACGCCUCAGAGGAGAAGGCGGCGAGGCAGAUGAAGAAGUGCGAACAGAGCACCUCGGCCAAGCUGGGGGUGCGACUGUGCGGCAUGCAGGUGUACCAGCUGACCACGGGCCACUACCUCUGCAGGAACAAGUACUACGGGCGCAGCCUGACGGCCGAGGGCUUCAGCCAGGCCCUGCAGCAGUACAUGCACAACGGGCGGGGCCUGAGGCGGGACCUCUUUGAGCCCAUCCUGCACAAGCUGCAUAGCCUCAAAGCGGUGCUGGAGCGCCAGGCGUCCUACCGCUUCUACUCGUCCUCGCUGCUCAUCAUCUAUGAGGGAAAGAAGCCCGAAGCUCCAGUCGGUUUCAACUCUGGGCAGCUGGUCACCAGGCAGAAGACCCCGGAGGAGACCCACUGUGGCAAUCCCGGGGCCCUCGCGCCACAACCUCCUUCGGCCGGUGACAACCCCCGCGCCGAGGAUUCUCUGCCCCAUCCCGACUCCUCUUCCUGUCCUGCGCCCGCCUUGAGCCCACUCCCUCAGCCCCCCUCUGACCCCUUGCCGCCGCCGCAGCAGCCCCCCCUAGUGGACGUCCGCAUGAUCGACUUUGCCCACUCCACCUUCAAGGGUUUCCGUGGCGACACGGCAGUCCACGACGGCCCUGACCGAGGUUACGUGCUGGGUCUGGAGAGCCUGAUCCAGAUCCUGGAGGAUCUGCAGGCUGAAAACCAACAGUGAACACGCGAGUGUAAAUAUGGAAGUUGACGUUUCCCCCGACACGCCUUCCCUCCCUUGGCAGUGGUCGCCAUGGCAACACGUGUAUUCAAGCAAAACGGCUGGGAAGUGGAACAGUGGACAAACUGUUGAGGCUCAAGUCACAUUCAGAGACUCUCUCAGCUGUCAAAGCGGACAUGAUCUCCCCCAAGUGAUUCUGUUCUGUACUUCCAAAAGUUUCUGCCUUUGGAGUAGGCAUCGGAAACGCUUGUGUCAAAGGGCAACUUGCGAUAAGAUGUUUCACACCUGAGUCGCAGGUGAGAUCCCGCUUGCCUGCGUUUUGAGCACGCUUACAUUCUGGAUCUCAGCUCUGAUGCGGUGGGUCGGCAUCGAAAACCUAACUGCAUGUUUUGCUUCAACGCCACUGGCGUGGCAAUUUGACACAUUCAGGGUUUGUAGCAAAUCCGCCCAAAUCAGAAGGAACGACGGCGGUUGAGCAACACACGCAUAUUUCCUUGUCGUGUAAGAGCGGCAGGACAGCCCUUCCCCCCCCCCGGGGUGCCGAUGCAUUUGGGAUGGCGAUUCUGCCAUUUGCUUUCUUUUGAGGUAGAGCGGCCAACGCGUGUCAUUUUGGUGGGAGGCCGUGUCUUAGGCUGAGUUCCACGUGAAAAGCCACAGGCUGGCUUUUUUUUUUAAAGCAAUAGACUUUUUUUCUUUUUUUCUUGCUUUUUCCUUAGCCCGGAUGAAGAGCAACAUCACACCCCCUCCCCUUCCUUUAUUUUAUGAGCUUCUUUCCACCAAAAGAUGUCAUGACCUUACAGUUCUCAGUCACGUAAGAGCCGCUUGAAACAACGCACUUCCUGGUCCUGUGACAUCACCACCCACUCGUCUCCGGGACCAAUCAGUUGUGAGCAUUUGAGGCCAUACAAGCGCUUGGUGCACCCCCCCCCUCCCCCCCCCCCCCCCCCCAAAAAAAGAGAGAGAAGAAAUGUUUUAUUUUUGGGGGUUUGUUGAGGUGAUAAUUUAUUUUUUUAUUGUAGCUUUUACCUGCCUGAGUGAAUGUCUUUUUCGUGUCUCUCCCAAAGUGUAAAGAAAAUAUAUAUAAAUAUAUAUAUAUAGAGAGGGAGACAUGCUCACAGUGACAUUUCAGGGCUGUUUAGCAGUAUUCUUUUAUUAGUACUCGUCAGACACUCCAGCCAAACAGUGUGUGCAAUUACCGCAGCAUUUGAUGCACUUGUAUGUUACAUGUUUUGGACAUUUUGAAAGGAACAAGGGUCCCCACGCACACAAGGUGACAUUCGAGAACCUUCGCCACUCUCCCCUCCACUCCACUCCACACACACACACAUGCGCACACGUGUUAUCGUGACUAUAACUUACAUUUACUUUUUUCAGCCGUCACAAUCCCAAACUGUUUGGUAGAACAGUGACAGUGAGAUUAAAGCUUUCCAGAUGG